AUGGCAUUCGUACUGACCACUGUCAAGCUGCCGUCCAAGGAUGUGGCCUUCACAAACUGCGCAUACGUCAACCCACGGGUAUACGCCACCCUCCGACAGACGGCGGCGUCAUCUGGGGAUGUGUCCGGCAAUGCAAUCCUCUGCGAGGUGAAGAACAUUGUCGUUUCUGUCAUGCCCGAUGGAUUGCUCCAAGAAAAUGAGAUCGGUCUGAAUACGUGUCAGCGGGAGAGUGCGAGAAUUCAAUUGAGAGAUGAGGUCGCACUUCGACCUUUUCAGCUCCCGGCGGACCGCGAGCAUCUGUACCAGAUUGGAGUGAUGCAAGUCGAGGUUUCCACUUACCUCAAACCAGAGUCGCGAAUCGUUGUGCACGAUGACAAGCUGGAAGAGGAGUUUCGGUCUCUCUUUUGCCGACAGAUCUUUACGCAGCACCAGAGUGUAGCUAUGAAGCUCGACGAGAGGCAGGCCCUCAAGAUGACGGUCAAGGAGAUGCUGCCUUUCGAGGGGACGAGCCGACAAAGCUCCAGACUGCUCACACGUGGACAGCUGACGGAGAAGACCCAGGUGCUUUUUGUCGGGGCAGACGACGGUCGCGUCUGCGUGCAGAGCCGGCGGAUGCUGCAGAGAAACAUCUUGACUCCAGAUUUCAAUUUUGAGGAGCUGGGAAUUGGAGGGCUGGACAAGGAGUUCAACGAGAUUUUUCGAAGGGCCUUUGCCUCACGAAUCUUCCCUCCUGCCAUCGUCCAAGAAAUGGGGAUCAAACAUGUUCGAGGCAUGCUGCUGUACGGUCCACCUGGAACCGGAAAGACACUGAUUGCUCGACAGAUCGGGAAGAGUCUUCGCGCGCGAGAGCCUGUAAUCGUCAACGGUCCUGAGAUUCUCAACAAAUAUGUCGGCCAGUCUGAAGAGAACAUUCGCAACCUAUUCAAGGCGGCAGAAGACGAGUACAGGAAGCUCGGAGACAACGCGUCUCUGCACAUCAUCAUCUUCGAUGAAAUCGACGCCAUCUGCAAACAGCGAGGCUCGAAUCCGUCUUCUGCGGGUGUGAACGACAGUAUUGUCAACCAACUUCUGUCGAAGAUUGACGGUGUUGAGGCUCUCAACAACAUUCUGUUGAUCGGCAUGACCAAUCGACUUGACAUGAUCGACGAGGCCCUCCUUCGCCCCGGACGUCUUGAGGUCCAUAUUGAGAUAGGGUUGCCUGACGAGUCAGGCCGAAUUCAGAUCCUGAGCAUUCAUACGAAGCAAAUGCGCGAGAGCGGUCGUCUCGGCAACGACGUCGAUCUGGCAGUGCUCGCGGCAGAGACGAAGAAUUUCUCCGGGGCGGAAAUCGAGGGGCUCGUGCGCAGCGCUGCCUCGUAUGCUUUUCAGCGCAACGUGAAUGUGAAGGAUUUGUCGAAGCCGACAGACGUGGAGACUAUCAAAGUUACUCGUCUCGACUUUGAGAACGCCCUGACGGAGGUCAAGCCCGCCUUCGGCGCAGAGGAAGAUCUCUUUGACAGCUGUCUCCGAAACGGCAUUAUUUCCUACGGCCCCGAGUUCGACCACCUUCUCCAGACAUGCACGACACUUGCCCAACAAGUGCGAGACAGCGAGAACACCCAGGUUCUCUCCAUUCUUCUUCACGGCCCGCCAGGAAGCGGCAAAACCGCCCUGGCCGCUCACGUCGCCAAGGAGGCGCAAUUUCCCUUCAUGAAACUUGUCACCCCCGACAACUUCGUUGGUUUCUCGGAGGCCGCUCGGACGAAUUCUUUGUCACGGACAUUCGACGACGCGUACAAAAGCCCUCUUUCUUUGCUGAUGAUCGACAACAUCGAACGGCUUAUCGACUUCACUCCCAUAGGUCCGCGGUUCAGCAACGCCGUCCUUCAGGCUCUCGUUGUCCUGGUGAAGAAGAUGCCUGCGAAAGAAAACCGUCGCCUCCUUAUCCUCGCCACUACCUCUGAAUUCGAUUUCAUGAAGGAGGCAGGCGUUGCUAAGGCUUUCAAUGUUUCCUUGCAAGUCCCGCUCGUUCGCGGUCCUCACCAAAUUCGGACGGUCCUUCAGGCACACUGCGGGAGUCGUCAUGUCUUUCCCCCGGAGGAAAUUUCGUUGGUCUGCGAGUCUGGCAAGGUUCAUGACGUGAGCAUCAAACAGCUUCUCCUGGUUACUGAUAUGGCCAAGGAGUUUUCGAAGCCCGGUCCCAUCAAAUGUGGCCCGUUCCUUCAGUGCUUACACGAUUGUGGCUACGAGGGGAGUUAUGACCCAAUGCCCUUCUGAUGCGUUACUCGGCAUGAACUCUUUCGUGAUUUCAGCCAUUUACACCGGUCCAGUGGCAGUGAAACGGAACGGCGACCGCACGUCAGUUGUCGUUUGCUCUUUUUGUCAAAGACACAAAACUUCUCA